AUGAAUCAUAAAUGACAAUAUUAUUAGAGCUACAAUUAUCAAUUAGUGAGAAAUAUUAGUUAAUAAAUAUACAUGAUUUCAUUUCAAACAAUUAAUGUUUGAUGUUUAUUGAAAAUUUUAUUUUAGUUUAAGCAACAGAUUUGAAAUUUGAAAUAAUUCAUUAUCGUGAUAUUAAAAAUAUAAUAUUUUAUAAAUUAACAUGGACGAAGAAAAACUAAGGAUUUUAGAAAAAUGUAUUUCUUUUUUAGAAUUAAAAGUUUAUGGCUUAAAUAAUCUCAGCCGAACAGCUUUAUCAUCUGGAAAUUUAUCUGAUGAAAUAACUAAAGUCGAAAAUACUAUUAGUAAUGCUUGUAUAGGUCAUCCUAAUGCUACAGCAUUACUUGGUCAUGUAAAAAUUUUGGAUCAGUUAAUGGAUCCAUUCUAUGAUGAUCAUCAGUUAGAAACAUCAAAGAGAGAAGUUAUUCUUUCAGGUGAAACUGAUAUUAUUGAGUAUGCACAUCAGUUAAAAAUUUUAGGACAAAAUUGGCCAGCUUUAAAUAAUAAAUCUUAUGGUGAAUUGGACAAAUAUACAAAAGAUAUUGAACAUCUUAUUGAAAAUGAAAGGAUACAACGAGAUUUAGUAAAAGAACAAACAACGCAUUUACAUAAAUUGUUAUUUAGGUAUGAACAGUUAAUGUUACAAUUUUCCUUAGCAUUUGAAUCAUUAGAAAAGGUUAUUACGGAGUUGGAAUAUAAAGUAUUAAAGAAAACUGAGGAAGAAAAUGAAAUAUGAUUUUUUUUUUAAAUUCUUUUGUUAGAUAUAAUGAUUAAUUAAGAUAUUGUUACUUAGUAAUUAUAAAUAAAUGUAUAUUUCAUUUCCAGAAAUUAAUAACAUUAAAUUAAGUUAUGAAGUUCUGCAUUUUUGUAAAACUAUUUAAUCUAUACUUUUGAAUUGUUAAUAAAAUAAAUAAAUACAAUCAA